GCCGACGCGAACGGUCGUGAAGGGUUUUGCCUGCCAGAAUUCGUGCUUAUCGUGCGUUUUUUUUCUUUCGAUUCUCGUUCGCGAUUGUGGGUGGUGCUGCUGGUGAUGAGAAUAUCUCUUCUAUCCCCACGGGUGGUGCUAUGUGUAGGGUGAAAUGGUGCUUGAGCUUUAUGGGAACGAUGAAUAGCCUACUGCUGCUGGUUGGUUUCGUUUCGGAUGCUGUCGAAAGGUUUAGAAUGUAGAGAGGUGUGGUAAACGACAGCUUUGUGCUGAGUGAGAAAAAUCCAUCACCAGAUGAAAUAGCUACCAAAGGUGGAAGGUGUUUGAGUUUCUCUUCUGUUUUGAAAUCAAGCGCGAAGCUGGCGGUUGUUGCUGUGAAAUCAUUUGGCGAAACACAUUCGCGAAGCAAUUUUUUUACUCCAAAUGGGAACCGGGCUGAGUAGGGAGAAUUUAUGACGUGUGAUAAGGUUCUGCAGUGAAAAUGCUUUUACUGGCUAAUUUGGUUAAGUAAAUCAGGAUGUGGAAGUUGUUAGUUCAGCUCUCACAGUAUAGUUGAACAUCCCCUUCCGAAUAAAAACCUGCAUCCAUUUUACCUUUGGUUCACACGUUUGCUUCGACAACGAUUAACAUUAUUCUAAUGUUAUAGCAUGUAGAAUUCAUGCAUAACCGUAACUUCAGGAAAGCAAAGCAUAGUAAAACGUAAAAGUGAUAUUCUCUAGAGAAAAAAAAAAAAAAACAAACACACGGUGACCGCGAGAGAGGUCAAAAUAAUGCUAAUUAGAAUGUCACAGAUGCUCGGAUGUGAAGGGACAGAUGUGGGGUACCAAAUCUGAUAGACUGCCGCGUAUGGAGUAUCAAUUCGAGAAGAAAAGAGUGGCGACGACGCGUUGCUAAAAAUAAAUUCUAUUCGGACAGACGGACAUCUCGUGAGAAAGCCAGCCGUGGGGCCUAAGCCCGGGAAGAGUGUACGGAGUGAUGACACAGUCUAAGGCUAGUGAAAUGUGAAUGUUGUGUGAAAUACAAUCGAGAGCAGUAGGCAAAAAAAAUCAUAUUGUCGCCUAUACACUGAGGAAGAUCGACCCAAGCUGGGGCCGCAUCGAUAAGAAAUAUUGGCAAGAUGUACGGUAUGCUGCUGGAGAGUGUCCAACACUUUGUACAGAGCCCGAAACCGAAAUAAGCUCAACGCUGCAAGAACAGCUGUGACAUCCAGGAACCUAUACAUGGACUAGCGUUCAAACGUGCUCAAAUAGCUAGUGCAAAUUUGAAAUAGCUUUUGCUAAUAAUUGGAAUUUAUGCGGCCUUUAUUCUAAUUGCCUUCAACCAGCAACACGAAACCAAAAAGAAUACAAGCGAUAGUUAACAGAAUGUAUGGCCUUAUCCUGCAAGGUGUAAAACAAGCUGUCCUGCUCGAAUAUGGCGAGCAUGUGUGGAAGCAAGCGCUACAAACGACCGGUUGCAAGUUCACCGUUUUCAACACGUACCAGCUAUACCCGGAUAGUCUUAUUCCGGAUCUGGCCGCCGCUCUGUCGGCGAUCACCGGAAGAAGCAUCGACGAGUUUAUGGUGUUCUUUGGAAGAUGCUUCGUGCGGUUCUUCAGCAAUUUUGGGUACGACGAGCUAAUCAAGGCCACCGGGAGAUACUUUUGUGAUUUCUUGCACUCGGUGGACAACAUACACCUGCAGAUGCGAUAUACCUACCGGAAGAUGAAAAGUCCCUCGAUGCAGCUGAUCGAGAUGGAUGAGAACGGAGCGGUGCUGGUCUACAGGAGCACACGGUCCGGAUUUUCCAAGUACCUCCGGGGACAGCUGAUGGAGAUAGCUAAGCAGCUGUACAAUAUGGAUCUCACCAUCAAGGUGCUGGAGAGCCAAAACGACGUUCCUGGCGGGACAGCGGGACCGAUUUCGAUCCAGGGCGGGCUGAAAACGGUUAUUGUUAAGUAUCGGCUGGAUUUUGACAAUCGGGAGUAUAUGCGAAAACGCGUUCACCUGGAGGCCCAUCCAUCGCAACUUCAGCUACCCGAUGUGGACAGUACCCUUCUGCUGGAACUGUUUCCGUUCGCCAUCAUUCUGAACGAGCAGAUGCGAAUAACGGCCGCUGGCGAGAAACUCAUUGAAUCGUGGAUGUUGAAUAAUGUUAACCGUUCACCGACGGAGAUUAUGGGAUCUAAAGUGACGGAUCAUUUUAAACUACGACGCCCAACGGGGAUAACUUUUACCUGGGAGAAUAUGAAGCGUCUGCAGAAGGUCAACUUUGAGAUUCAAUUGUUAAAAAGCUCGUGUAAUGGAAUUGAUGAAACAGUUGUAGAACCAGAACCGGAAGAUCCGACAAAGAUGAUGAAUAUCGCCCGCCGAGGAUCGCAAGGGUUAAGGAGUAUUCUGCUGAAGGGCGAAAUGCGCUACAUCAAGGACAUCAAUUCCCUUGUUUUUCUCUGUAGUCCUUUAAUAAACAACCUAGAAGAGCUGCGGGAAGUGGGAUUGUACCUGAACGAUCUCAACACCCAUGGACUCAGCCGAGAGAUGGUGUUCUCCGGAUUUUCACACAAUUCCCGGUUAGAUCUGAUGUGUGAGCGUGAGGAAAAGCGAGCUGAAGAGCUGGAAACGUCACUAGCCUUGGCCGAUUCGUGGAAGCGGCAGGGUGACGAGCUUCUGUACUCGAUGAUCCCUAGGUCGAUAGCUGAACGGCUGCGAGAGGGCCAGAAUCCUUUGGAAACUUGCCAAAGCUUCGAGGAAGUGACAGUUCUGUUUGCAGAUAUUCAGGAAUCGCUUAUGUCCGAUGACUCCAUCAAGUACGCGAUGACGACUGUGAACACACUGAACGCGGCGUUUUCCGCAUUCGAUGAGUUAAUCCAGUCGCCAAUGGCGUACAAGGUGGAGACGGUUGGCAAGGUCUACAUGGCGGUGAGCGGCGCGCCAGACGUUAAUCCUUGCCACGUACAGCACACAGCCGAUCUGGCGUUGCAAAUGCUGCAAAGCAUUCAUAACCUCAAACUGCCGGGAGUUGGAGUGAAAAUCGGAUUCCAUACCGGACCAAUCGUUGCGGGUAUCGUAGGACUGAAGGUGCCACGGUACUGCUUGUUCGGGGACACGGUCAAUACCGCUUCGAGGAUGUGCAGUAGUAGCGACACUGAUAGAAUCCAGUGCUCGGGGCAUACUGCCAGUAAGCUGAGGAAAUACGGCUUUAAGCUGACAUUCCGUGGGAAGGUUGCAGUAAAGGGAAAAGGAGAAAUGGAGACCUUUUGGUUAGAUUCUGGUCCUAGCGAUUUAACUAGCAAGAAAGCGGCGAUAAAAUAAACCUUCGGGUCCACUUGACCACUCAAGACAGCUUUACAUGUGCCUUCACAUCUGCAAUUACUUUUUCAAGGUUCAAUUAAAUAACUCACAAAAUAUGCGCACUCUAUAACAACUAAUACAAUACAUAUUUAUAGUUACUGUGGA